AUGUCCAUGGGCCUCCACUCUGCACGUGAGGAGCUCGGUCUGCCCAACGUUGCGAGCAGUCACGGCGUGGGGAUCCAUCCCACAUCAGGGUACAAUCUCCACACGGACGUCGGCCACCAUCACCAGCAGCAGCAGCAGCAGCACCACCACCACCAACAGCAGCAGCAGCAGCACAAUUCCAGUCUUUCCAAGCCCAUGAGUCUCAGUCCCCGGACGUUCGGGAUGGAAGAUUUGCGGGACUUUUGCGGCCCCGUUGGAGGCGGCACGUUCAAAACGGGCUUGACGCCCCGUGUCUUCAGUACGGGCUUGACCCCUCGCUCGGGCUUUACGCCUCGCUUUGCCACUGGCUUCACGCCUCGGAUCAACGUGACGGACCUCAGUCAAGCUUGCAGCAAUGCCCCUUCUACAGGGACGGUGGCAGCUGCCACGAGUUUCAUGAGUCGACCAAGUAGUACCGGUGCUGGGAGUGGAGGUGGGGGCUUCUCGCCCCGCACGGCUUCGGACGCUCCUCAUGCUCACAGUAAGAUCUCCCCGUCGGGCUUUACGCCCAAGGACGUGUCGGGUCUGUCCAAGGUCCCCAUGCGCUUCCCCGGUGCCUUUUCGAGCUCGAGUUCUCCCAAGAUGGCCAUGGUUGACCAGUACAAGCAGGAACAACAACAACAGCAACCACAGCACUCGCAUCUCUCUCAUAUUCAGAGAGGGUCGCUCUCACAGUCCCAUCUCCAGCAGAUGCAGCAGCUCCAUCAUCAGUCGCAGCAGAUGAGCCACCACCCGGGACAAAUGACACAUCCGAGCAUGGCAGCAAUGAACAUGAACAUGUACGAGUACAUGCACCGCCCGACGCUCCAGCAGCAGCAACAUUCAGUGGACGCUCGAUUGAGUGGAACCCCGUGCUCGGACCGAGCGUCUGAUCAAGAGGACCUCGAUGAACGUCGUCGGAUGAAGAAUCGCGAGCGCGUGCGCAAGUGCAGGAAGCGCAAACAGGACCGUCUCAACUUUCUUGAAGACCGUACGGCCGAGCUGGAGAAGGAAAAUGGUCUAUUGAAGGCCAAAGUGGCACGAAAAGCGUCCGGAGUGAAGGACCACGAGCCGUUGACGGACGUGCAGCUCGAUGAGCUGCGCAAGAGCCAGACCACGACAUUGUUGGCCUACAUUCGUGCUUACAAUGAAGCUGCUGAGGGAGCUACUUUCGACAUGAGCGCGUGUAGUAUUUGGACGGACAAUGCCGAGAUUCUGUACGGCAGUAGUGGGACAAGCGUGGCUGGUUUGGCAGGGAUUGUCGCCUGCAAAAAGUCGAGCUCGAGUGUGUUUGCCAAGUACGAGAUCAAGCAGUAUAUGGUGCAGUGGAAGCCAAACUCGACCGACAAGUGCCUUGUCAAUUGGGAUAUCGAAGUGAUCGUGAAGCAGGAUGCCGCAAAGGACGUGCCUUUGACCGCACCUUUUGCAGCCCUCGCACCUCACUUUGGUGCCACUGGUGAGCUGCUGACAUUCCAGAUGACGUCGCACAUAACUUUUGAGGAUGUCAAGAUCGUGGAGGAAAUUCGUCAGCUGAAUUUGUCCCGCAUUAGCGAGAAGGCUUUGGAGCAGUUUGGAGACGAUCCUAAGAAGGCUGCAGACGUGCUGCGGAGUCUGAUGAAUACUGCAUGA